ACUGGAACGUAAGUGAGAAUGAACGAAUCUACAGUACAGUAAAGAUUCGUUUUCUUUUUAACGGAUGGCGGUUGAUGUCAUUUUUAAAUGCACGUUUACUGGUGAAGUAUUAUCUGAUAUUAACUUCCUUCGUUUAUUACUUUGGAACUUUUUUAGAGGUGAUUCCUUUCUGAAUAGUUGCCACGGUCUUUUAGUUGUGUCGUGGUUUCGCUCUGAAAGUACGGAGUGAAAAAGAUUUGUGUGCUUGGACGUGUAACUUGCACGAGUAUGCCUUGUGGCAAAGAAAAUAUUUGCACGAACCAACCGAAGAAACCUUCAGUUCCUGCCCCACGGAAACGAACAAACAGUGCACCUACUAGACAAAAACCAGAAUAUGGUUCUACAAAGCAAACCGUACCACAAGGAAACGUUAAGAAACCUGCAUUUCCGGUGGUGGACAGAGGUCUUUGCCCUUGUGUUCCUGGGAAGCCAUUGAAAACUCAGGUGUUAAAUAAACCUCAGCCAGUGAAACCUAUUGGCACUGGAGAAAAAAUUGCGCCAAAAAAUACUUGUAGUGUAAAAGUUACUGGGCCAUUAAAAGUUCAAAUCACAGUUUCCAAACCUGUCAAAGCUAGUCAGUCCUCAGCCAAAGAGGUGCCAUCUUCUGGAGUAAAUGUCAAUUCAAAUAAAAAGACACAUGCACGAUCAGCAUCUGCAAAAUUAGCAUAUAGUAUCAGUAAACCAGGAUUUGUAUGUCCCAAGAAAUCUGAUGGUCCAGCAUCGUCUAAAACAAAUGAUAAGAAACCCUUAGAGAAAAUUUCAACAUGUUCUAAGCCUAAGGUUCAGUCUAAUCCUGUUGAAAUCAAACAAAAAUCAGAUAAUGAAGCAAACAUUGCAAAUAAAAAAUCUACUCAGCAAUCAGUAAAUGAUCUUGCUUCUAAGGUGGCUUCAAAACUCACUUUGCCUUCACAUGAGAACAUUGUGGCUCAGCCUCAGUCCUGUCAGGUUAAAGUGGAAUUGGGUGUUGCAGCUCAUAAUUCAGAAAGUGAAGUGAAAGAAGAUACGAAUUCUCUUCUGCUUCCUUCUAGCAUUCAACAAGUUGAUAAAAAGGCUGAAGAUUCUAAUUCUCUUCAGCUACCUUCUAUCAUUCAAGUUAAUAAAAAGAAUGAAGAUUCAAAAUCGGAAACAAUAUCCAACAAACAGGAUAGUUUGACAGACUUUGACAUUGGGAGAGCAUUAGGAAAAGGCAAAUUUGGUAAUGUCUAUCUUGCUCGAGAGAAAAAGUCAAAAUUCAUAGUAGCUCUCAAAGUCAUCUUCAAAACGCAGAUUCAGAAGGCAAAUGUGGAACACCAGUUGCGAAGAGAAAUUGAAAUUCAAGCUCAUUUAAGACAUCCCAACAUUUUGAAUUUAUAUGGAUAUUUCCAUGAUGAUAGUAGAGUGUACAUAAUUCUUGAAUUUGCACCAAAGGGAGAGCUUUACAAGGAACUUCAAAAUCAACCAGAAAAGAGGUUUGAUGAAAUUCGCACUGCUCAUUAUGUAUCUCAGCUUGCUGAUGCCCUUAGAUAUUUGCACAGCAAAAAGGUAAUUCAUAGAGACAUCAAACCUGAAAAUCUCCUCCUUGGCAUGAAGGGGGAAUUGAAAAUUGCUGAUUUUGGCUGGUCUGUACAUUCUCCUUCAUCCAGACGAGAAACCUUGUGUGGCACCUUAGAUUACCUUCCUCCGGAAAUGGUUCGAGGGGCUACUCAUGAUGAGAAGGUUGACCUCUGGAGCUUAGGAGUGUUGUGUUAUGAAUUACUCGUGGGAAAACCUCCCUUUGAAACACCUACUUACGAAGAAACAUAUGUGCGAAUCAGUAAAGCAGAAUAUGUGUACCCCCCAUACGUUUCUUCCAAAGCUCGGGAUCUCAUAUCCAAGUUGUUAGUGGUUGAUCCAAUGGGACGUUUGUUAUUGGAUGCUGUUUUAACUCAUCCUUGGAUUCUUGAAAACACGAAGGCAAAAUCUGAUGAUGUAUAACACGCAGAAAAAGUCUCAUCGUAAAAUAUAUGACGUAGUUUUUAACUAUUUAUUGUUAUUGUUACCUUUACCGAAUGUGAAAUGUCAGUUUGUACUUUUGUAAUAUGUUAAAAGGUUUACUCUAGAUUAUAGAUAUUUUUAAGUCAAUUUUUGUACAGAUAAAUAAAAAAAUGUUCAGCAAGUGUUUUUUUAUCUGUCUCAUUUUCUUUUCUUCCUUACACUA